AUGAGGUAUUUUUCACAAAUAAAGAAAAACUUCUAUACUAGCAAUGUUUACUCAGAAAUUGAAAUUUAUAAACAUCCUGUUCAAGAUGAAAGAGCACCAGAGAGCCAUCUCGAUGAAAAGCUUGCAAGGAUAACGGCAGCAACACCACUCAAAGGUUUGUGGAGUGGGAGACUCAAAGAAAGUGCAAUGAAUGCUGACUUAAUCUCGACUUGGAACAAGGCUGCCCUGGUUCCGCAUAUGAACCCCACUGUUCCAGUGGAGGCCGUGCAGGCCAUGAGCCCCGUGCUGUCAGCGUUCAUGCAGGAAGUCCCCGGUUGGCUUCUGCUCUUUGGAGUCUUCCUGCCUGUGACUUUGCUGCUUCUCCUCCUCAUCGCCUACUUCAGGAUCAGACUAAUCGAGGUUAAUGAAGAACUCUCCCAGACUCUUGUUCACCGACAUAGUCGCAAGGGUAACUCUUUCCUGCCCCAGAAAAUAAAAUGGACUUGAUUGUUGUGGAGGACUGGCCAGUGGCUAAAGCACAAUGAAUUUCUACUUGCCAGAAACCAGUGGCCAACAGUUGAGUUAAUAAAGUAGGCUGAUAAGAAUACUAAGGUGCUUGUUCUGAACCAUAAUGAAAACAUCAGCUAAUUAACCAAGAAACCUUCUAUGAGACUCAGCUUAAAAAGUGUUUCUUCUGUUGCCCACUAUACAAGAUGGCAGGUGAAAAAGCUGUGAAGCAGGAUACUAAGGAGAAGAAACCUGAAGACAAGAAGGCUGAUGCCAGUGGCAAGGUUAAAAGGGUAACCCCAAAGCUAAAAAGCUCAAGAAGGGGAAGCCCCAUCACAACCGAAACCCGGUCCUAGUCUGGGGCAUGGACAGAUACUCCCGAUCUGCCAUAUAUUCCAGGGAGGCUACAUACAAGAGGAAGUACUCGGCCACUAAAUCCAGGAUUGAAAAGAAAAAGAAGGUUCUUGCCACUGUCACAAAACCGGCUGGUAGGGACAAGAAUGGUGGCAACUGGGUGGUUAAACUGCAAAAAGCCUAGGUAUUAUCCUACUGAGUAUAUGCCUCGAAAGCAGUCAGCGUGUGAGAAAGCUGCGGGCCACCAUUCUUCCUGGGACCAUUCUGAUCACCCUUACUGGACACCACAGAGGCAAGAGAGUGGUUUUCCAGAAGCAGCUGAGCAG